AACUCGUCUCUCCCUCAAAAGCUGUCGCGCAAUAUUUCCAAUAACUUCCCUUAGAAGAGAACAAAGAAAUGACUCUUGCUUCUGUGCUUUGGGGAUUCCUCGUUUACGUCCAAUUUAUAUCUGCGCAAAAUGAAAACAAUGGGCCAGUGAAAUGGACUUACUCUCAUUUCAAUGCAAACUGUUCAAUAUCUGGGUAUAGAUAUCUGGAUACUUAUUGCGUGGAUAUUCGAAUUUGCAAAUCUGCUGCAGCUUCCAUAUCGAUGGGUGGAUGGCCCCCAGUGUGCGGCUGGGUGGACAAUGUUGUUGUACCGAAAGUCUGUUGCGCAUUUCCCCUGGUUCUUGGGGGAGCUCUAAUGAGGAAGGUGGAAGAAGAAAGGAAGAGCGAAUCACAUUGUGGAUAUGCUAUUUGGGUUCCAAAAAUGUCAACGACUGAAAUCAACUUCUUCAAAAUUUUGGACAGGUUACCGAGCGUCAAUCUAAGCGAUCUAAGUAUAUUUGAUCCACCACUAGCUGAAACAACUGGAUGGGGUUAUGGAGGUGGUAUUGGUGGAUCACUUUCGAUACAGGGACAAUUUCCGUGGAUGGUGACGAUUCAGGAAAACGGAAAGCAUUUGUGUGGUGGAAGCUUAAUCGAUAGAACUCACGUUUUGACUGCAGCUCAUUGUUUUGGCUUUAGAAGGAAUACUUUGAAUCCUACCAAUUUCGCAAUUCGUGCAGGAGACAUCAACCUAAAUAAUGGUUACUCAGUCAAUGUGACGAAAAUCAUUCUCCACGAAAGGUUCAUUCCUGGCCAGUACUAUAACGAUAUCGCAAUUCUGAUCCUAGAAAAAGAGGUUGAACAAUUUCUUCGUCCUAUAUGCUUACCAUCUCCAGAAUUAUCUGUUAGAAAUCUUACAGGUGCCAACACAUCUAUGUUGGGAUGGGGACACACAUCAUAUCAUGGCAAAGGGACAGAUAAAUUGCAGGUUGUAGAAAACAUUCCUGUUGUCCCCAAUGAAAAAUGUCGUCAAGCCUAUCGCCGAGUUGGCAGGAGUCGGUUGCCAAGGGGCAUCACCAAUGACUUCAUUUGUGCAGGUCUAGAGGAAGGAGGCAAAGAUGCUUGUCAAAGUGAUUCUGGCGGUCCUUUGAUGUACCCAGAUGAAGGUUAUUUUCGCAAUAUCCGAUGGGUGCAAGUGGGUAUCGUUUCCUUCGGUUUCCGGUGCGGUGAACCAGGAUUUCCAGGAGUGUACACACGUGUCUCAAGUCACAUGAACUGGAUAUUGCAAAAUAUGAAAAGCUAAGCAUUUCAAAUUGUAAUAAAAUAUUCGUGUUUUC